UGGCGCAGGCGCAGUCGCGGCCCUUAUACAGCGCGGCGCGCGCGGCGGGCGGCUAGUGUCGGUUGUCGCCGUUGGUGGCGGUGCUUCCUGUUCUUGCUGCCCCGUCUCUCGCGCGGCCCUCCUCCUCCUCCUCCCGCCUCCCUGCCUCCAUGGCCAUGAACUACAACGCGAAGGAAGAGGCGGCGGCGGUGGACGGGCACACGUCGGGGAUGGCCUCCAUGCCCGGGGGAAGCGGCGGAGGCGGGGGCCUGUCCGGCGCGGGCCGGUCCUCGGGAAGCGCCGCCGCCGCCGUCAAGAGCCGCAAGCCGGACAACACGGCCUUCAAGCAGCAGCGCCUCCCGGCCUGGCAGCCCAUCCUCACCGCCGGCACCGUCCUGCCCGCCUUCUUCGUCAUCGGCCUCAUCUUCAUCCCCAUCGGCAUCGGCAUCUUCGUCACCUCCAACAACAUCCGCGAGUACGAGAUUGAUUAUACAGGAAUAGAACCAAAUAGUCCUUGUCAUAAAUGCUUAAAUGUGUCCUGGAACAGCACACCUUGCUACUGUACAAUUUUCUUUACAUUGGACAAGCCUUUUGAGAGCAACGUGUUCAUGUAUUAUGGGCUAUCCAACUUCUACCAGAAUCAUCGCCGCUAUGUAAAGUCUCGUGAUGAUAGUCAGCUAAAUGGAGAUAAUAGCUCCCUCUUUAACCCCAGUAAAGAGUGUGAGCCUUACCGCACCAGUGAUGAUAAACCUAUCGCUCCUUGUGGAGCUAUUGCCAACAGCAUGUUCAAUGAUACACUGACAUUGUUUCGUAUUGAUCCUAAUGGUACAAAUCCCAAACGCAUUCCUUUGACUAAAAAAGGUAUUGCUUGGUGGACAGACAAAAACGUUAAGUUCAGGAAUCCUGUGGGAGAUACAAAAAACUUGACUGUACUUUUCCACGGCACAUCUAAACCUGUUAACUGGCCUAAACCAGUGUACAUGCUAGAUUCAGAUCCAGACAACAAUGGGUUCAUAAAUGAAGAUUUCAUUGUGUGGAUGCGAACUGCUGCACUACCUACAUUUCGUAAACUAUAUCGCCUUAUAGAGAGGAAGGAUAAUCUACAGCCUACUCUGGCAGCGGGAAACUAUUCCUUGGUUAUAACCUACAAUUAUCCUGUGCACAGCUUUGAUGGGAGAAAACGGAUGAUCCUGAGCACCAUUUCGUGGAUGGGAGGCAAGAAUCCCUUUUUGGGAAUAGCUUACAUAACAGUUGGCUCUAUAUGCUUUUUUCUCGGAGUAGUGCUGUUAUUCAUACAUCACAAAUAUGGAAAUCGGAACAAUAGUGCGGACAUUCCCAAUUAAUCCUACUUCUCCAAAUCACAUGUACUGCAUGUGCAUCAAGGCCAGUCCAGAGCGGAUACAGCUUUUCAAAGCUGUCCCUGGUAAAUGUUACUUGUGACCCAGAAUGCAUAAGUAUAUAUGAAGCCUUCUUUCCUUGACAGUGGAUUGACUUGAAGAUAAAAGUUAACUUAAAUAAAAAAAGAGAUCUGCAGGUUAGCAGAUUUUGGACAUUUUCCUCUUGAUGGACAAGUGCCAUGAUGCGCAUAUAGUCUUUCCUCACCUGCUUUCCUCAUCUGCCGCUUGUUCAUGUGCUUUGUAAUAUAUCAGUACUGUGUACAGACUGUGUGACAAGGAUGUGUUUAGGAUAGAGUAGCUUGUUUAUAUUUUGAGGCUAUAUGAAAGUGCUGGUGCUACUGGAAGAAAAAGAGCUGUCCACCGUUUUGUCACACAAAACAUUGUCCGCAUGAGCUUCAUACUCCCUACAGCACUUACUGUAUUAAACGUACCCAACUCAUUCCGCAUUGAGCCCGACUACAUGUUUAAAGGUCAGACUAUGUUUUGCCAAGUGUGCUAUGCAAGUGAAUUGUGCAAGAAGCUUUCCUGUUAAUGAGUGACUCUUAAAAGCUGCUCUCCAUACGGAAGUAACUGCGAUAUGCAAUGCUCUUUUAUUAAAUAGAACGUGCUUUUCUCUUACACCCAGCACUUUGCGUGAUUCAAAUCUCUUAUCAUGUCUUCUGCAGAAUUGGGGAGAUUCUUUUCCAGAGCUGGGCACAACUAUGUGUCAAGCACAGAACUGGUCUCCUUUGAUUCAAAGCAAGGUGUAUUCACAAUUCAUCAUAACCUUUCUAAUAUUCCUAAUUCAGAUGAAGCAACUUCCAAGAGUUUCCCAGCUCCUUAACGUAAGUUCCUGUGCUCCUCAGAUGUAGCUUAGCUUGCCAGUAAAAAGUAAGCAAAAAACUGCUGUGGUGGCAUAAGUGGGGACGUUGGCAUCUUGCAGUUUUGCAGUCAACUUUGUCCAGAUUUUAAGAAUCCGAUCCAGUGAUAAUAGAAUUAUAUAUAUUGAAUUGCUAUGUACAUGGAGAUUAUAUUACAUGAAAAUGGUUUGUCUGAAUAUUUGCUAUUGAAUAAAUUCUGUUUUUGUUUAUGAAAA